CGGUGCAGAAGGGGGCGCUAGCGUGCUAACAGCCAGCUGCUAACCGCAGUAAUAGAAGCAGAAGAAGAAGAGCUAUCCGCAGUGCUUCCGGUCUCGCGCCAGGCAGAAAGAUGAACGCGCCUCCCGCUUUUGAGUCUUUUCUGUUGUUUGAAGGAGAGAAAAAAAUCAGCAUCACGAAAGAUACUAAAGUUCCUAAUGCGUGUUUAUUUACUCUGAAUAAGGAGGACCACACGCUGGGCAACAUCAUCAGAGCUCAGCUGUUGAAGGAUCCUCAGGUUCUGUUUGCUGGUUAUAAAGUUCCUCAUCCUCUAGAACACAAGAUCGUCAUCAGAGUCCAGACCACACCUGACUACAGUCCUCAGGAGGCGUUCACCAAUGCGAUCACAGAUCUGAUCAGCGAGCUGUCGCUAUUGGAGGAGAGGUUCAGAGUCGCCAUCAAAGACAAACAGGAAGGGAUAGAGUGAAGCCCCGCCCUCUCCAUGAUGUCACUUCCUGUGUUUGUUUUUAUAAAUAAAGUUUGGAUGUAAGAACCUGCA